AAUGAAUCAAGUGAUGUGUAAACAGAUAUCUAUAUUUACAUGGUCUUGAAUUGAUGGAUAUUCCCUUAUCUUUUAUUUUGAAAUGCUCAGCGUAUUAUGGGGUAAUCAGAACAAUAUAAAUAGUGCUUUAUAGUGUGACGUUAAGCUGCGGUAUUCAGUUUUUUCAUAGUUUGCAAAAUGUGGUUCAUGAAAUUUUUGGUUGUCAUUUCCUGUCUCUGCAACGUAUGUCUAUGUGAGUUUGUUGUGGAUGACUUCUCUACUAAUGCUAGUAAUACAACAUCCUGGAAAGAAUUAUCCGAUACCAUUAUGGAAGGAGGCAGGUCCAAAGCAGUGUUGGUAUCGCACAACACUGACCAAUUUCAGAGGGCAAUUUUGUUCACAUUACUGGAUCCACAAUCUUGCGGGGCAGCCAUAGCAGGAAUAAAGAAGUAUGUGGAAAUGGAUCUUACGGAAUAUAAAAGUAUAGAAUUGAGGGUGAGAGGUAGAGGUCAAUAUACAGGAUAUGAGUUCGUGAUCAGACAUAAAAGUGAACGUGGGCCGAAAAUACCAUCUUACGUGCAUUACUUUGAGGCUCCAAAGGAUUUUGAGACGAUUACCCUUCCAAUAGACGCAUUUGAAGCAUAUCUGGAAGGUAAACCGGUAAAGAAUGCCGCCCCCUUGGACAAAACGAAAGUAACAGCUUUGGGAAUACUCGCAUAUGGAGGUGUCCAUGUUCACAGGAAACAAUACGGCGUAGGAGCUUUGGAAAUCGAUUGGAUCAAAAUAUCCUGAAUUUUUUAAAUGAAUGAUAUUUUUAGUGUCAGGUGGCAUUGGUAUUAGACAUUUUAAUUGUUGACAAAUGGAGGCGGUAUACUUUUAAGGGAGUGUGAAAUUGUUUCUAAAACAAAAAGUUUCUGAGAAGUAUUGUAUGUUAAAAACUAUGUCGGUCAUGGAGAAAUGAAUCUUGUCUAAGAUCAAUAUGUUAAAAACGUUCCAAAUUACAGUAUCUCUGAGAAUUUUGUGCUGAUUAGAUUCAUUGAAUCGCUCUAUACUCCCUAUAGUCCAUUUACGACCAGACAAAACACAACAUGCCCAAAAGCGACAUUGUACAGGUCCGUAUUUUCCUCAAUGGUCUUGGAAUAAUCUAACAAAAUAAACGAUUAUUUUUAUAGAAAGAAGUGCACAUACUCUUCACAAUUCUUUAUUCGCUGGAAGUACUUGAAUCAUCGUCCGGAUGGUUAAUAUUAAUUAUUAAAGGUGCAAUUUGGAAUUCGAUUAUAUUGUCCAGAUCCCACAUCUUCAUGUCAAAAGAUUUGAAUGAUCUAUUGCUUGAAGUCACAGUUUUUUAUAUUUGCUCAAAUCAUUUCAAUGGGAUUU